UUUAAAUACACUCCACAUUGUUCGACAUUUCAAAUGUACAACAUUUAAGUAGAAAAACAUAAAAAAAUUUAAAAAUAUUUAAUACUAAUUGUUGACGAUUGGGCAACGCUGUGUCCACUUUUAUCAACUGCUGCGCGAUCAACGUGCAUGUGUGUAAGAAAGAGAGAGGAAGAACAAAGACUGAUAACACGAGCAUCUGUGUGAACGAGAACCAUUGUGAACCACUUUGCGAAAAAUCGUGUAAGACAUGGUCGAUAAUCUGACGGAGGAGCAGCGAGCAAAUCUACCCAAUAAUCCCAUGUUACCAACACCAGUGAUCACCUACGGCAUGGUUCACAAGCUGGAAUGCAAGCAGGAUCGCAAAGUGGCCCUGCCGACUGUUAUCGAUGAGGGAAGCGCUUCACUGGCCGCUGGCGAACCGAAAGCCACCAAGGAUGAAAAGCAGGUGAAAUACGCCUGGAAUUCACCCAGUUUGAUGAUUGUCUUCGAUGGCGGUGAUUUGAACUCGGCCUUGCAUCAUUUGGUUGCCUCGUUGCACAAUCCGUUUGCGGAGAAUGCCGUUGCCACACUCUUAAUCCAGGAGAGUGUGCGUGAACCGUUGCUCAAUCGUCUGGUGGAGCAAUUGCAGCAAUUGAAUAGCCAGGUGGCCAAUCAUCCCAACUAUGUGCGCACCUUGGCCAAAUUGCAAAAGUUGAAGGCCGAAACGAUUGUGGGCAACCCAAAGACAGUGCCACCAAAUGCCACGCCCAUGUUGGUCAGCGACUUGACGCACAACUUUCUGGGCGAUGGUCCAACGGGAGUCAUCACCUUGCACACGUUCCGCACGCCCAAGGAGGCCACCCAGGUGAACCUGAAGGAGACACUGGAAUACAGUUCGAUCAGCAUUUGGAAUGAGAAACUGGCCAGUGCCUAUGAGGUGUGUGCUCUGCUCAAGGAUAGCACCUUCAUGAUCAACUGCUUCAACGUGGACUUGUCGCCCAUCAAGGCUGCCUUUGAGGCCAACCAGAAUGAUGUGAAGAUCGUCAAGGGUUAUCACUAUGAGACCUUGACCAUCAAUCAACAGCGCAAGAUCAUUGUCUUUGCCGUUGGCACCAUUUUUGCCAAUUAAAGGACUUGCAGCAUGGAAGGAUGCAUGGAAUGACCAACCUCAAGGUGCUUUUAAGAGAUGCCAAUAUCUCUGCAUUAUAAUGAAUUUAUAUAUCGAACUGUAUACUGUUCAUAUUCCAUAUGUAGUCCGUUUUGUCUGAACUGUUUCUUUUUUUUAAUACUCCACUUGAUUGUUUUCAAUACACAAUGUUUAAGCCG